UAAACAUAAACACGUGCGUGUGUAUUACUGCAAUCAUCAACACUUUUUAAUUUAAUUUGUUACCCACAACAAAUUAAAAAGGUUAGAAAGUUAUUGUUCAUAAAGUAAGGUGUAGAAGUAACACCAUGGCCGAGUUACAUCAAUUCAGUGAUGCAGAAGAAGACGACGAAAUACCCUUCAAAGAAAAUUUGGUGGGUGAUUUUAAAAAACUCACCUUAAAUAACGAAAUAUUCAAAAAUUUGGAAGACCAAUUAAAUAAUUCAAACGAAAAAGAUGACGAUUUAAAGGAAAAAAUAUUGCCAGACAAUGAAGGAGAAGCCGAGUUUGAAGAUGAAGAUGUAGAUUUCGAUAAUGACUAUGAGGAAGGAGAGGACUAUGCCGAUGACUAUUAUUAUGAGGAAAACUAUGCUGGCUUCCAGAAACAAAAUGCCCACAAUCAGCAUUUGUCUAUAAACUCCAAUAGCGUGGGUUGCGGCGGUGUAGUUAGUGGCUCUGCUCAAAAACGGCCACAACGUGUCAACAGCUUCCAGCCCAAUGAAAAGUUAUUUACACGUUAUUCGGCUAGAAUCAAUGUGGAGAAAUACGAUCCAACCACUAACAUGUCAGCCCAGGCAGCUAAUCGUUUGGUUUCCUUUGGCUCCAAGCAGGAUAAUAAAGUGAAAAUUCGUGAUAAGCAUGAUCGUGCCACUGCCGAACAGGUUAUGGAUCCUCGUACACGCAUGAUCCUGUUUAAGCUACUUAAUCGUGGUUUGAUACGGGAAAUAAAUGGCUGCAUCUCUACGGGUAAAGAAGCCAAUGUGUAUCAUGCUGUGGCUCGUGAUUCCGAGGAUGAAUUUGCCAUUAAAAUUUACAAAACUUCGAUAUUGGUUUUUAAAGAUCGUGACAAAUAUGUCAGCGGCGAAUUUCGUUUUCGCCAUGGCUACUGCCGCAGCAAUCCACGUAAAAUGGUAAGAACCUGGGCCGAAAAGGAAAUGAGAAACUAUUUGAGAAUGUUUAAUGCCAGUGUUCCUGUGCCAGAACCUAUUCUAUUGAGGUCUCAUGUGCUGGUAAUGCGUUUCUGUGGCAAAAAUGGUUGGCCUUCGCCAAAACUAAAGGAUGUGGAAUUAACAACUUCCAAGGCUCGCGAAUUAUAUCGCGAUUGUGUAGUGCUGAUGUGGAAAAUCUAUAACAAAUGUCGCCUGGUGCAUGCGGAUCUGUCCGAAUUCAAUAUUCUGGUGCAAGAUGGCCAAUUGAUUAUCAUCGAUGUGUCACAGUCGGUGGAACAUGACCAUCCCCAUGCAUUUGAUUUCUUGCGCAAGGAUUGCACCAAUGUUUCGGAAUUUUUCCGUAAGAAGUCUGUGGCCACUAUGACCGUUAAGGAAUUGUUUGAUUUUAUAACAGAUCAAACAAUAACCGAAGAAAACAUGGAGGUGUGCUUGGAAAAAAUAUCAGAGAAAAUCAAAGAUCGAGAUUUCGAGGCCAUUACAGCUCAAGAGGAAAUUGAUGAGGCUGUUUGGCAGCAGACAUUUAUUCCUAAACGUUUGGAUGAGGUGCGUUACUUUGAACGGGAUGUGGAGAAAGCCAAAAAGGGGGAGAAACAAAAUUUGAUUUACGGCAAAAUUACCGGCCUUAAUGAGAACUUGGAAGUGCAAAAGAAGCCUGCAAUACUCACAGAAAAAGAGCUUAAAGAGAAUGAGACCAAUCUUAAGAAAACAUCUGAGAAAAAUUUGCAAAGCUCUGUUGAUGAAGGCGAUGAAGAGGAAAAAAUUUCAAAUGACGACGAUGGUGAUGAUUGUGAUGACGAAGAUGAUGAUUCUAAUUUUAAAAAUUCAGCAAGACCCCGUGAUGAGUCCCCCGAGAGCAAAAAAGCCCGCAAGAAGGCUGUUAAAGAAGCUCAAGCUGAGAAGCGGAAAGUGAAAAUAAAGAAACACAUAAAAAAACGUAAAGAAAAAGUUACCAGUGGCAAGAAGUAAAAGAAAUUGGUUUAACUAUUCAAAAUACUUUUUACAAAUAUUUAUAUAUUUGUACGUGUAAAUAUAUAUGAAAUAUUUAUAUUUAGAAUUUAAAUAUAAAGAAUGUACAAUUCCACCUUUUAA